CGUGGCGUCAUGAAUCUACGAUCUACGUACAGUACACAGUACAGUACAGUACCAAUUGGACGGUAAUGAAAGAAAAAAGAGUGAAGAUUGAAGAUGGUACGUACAUACGUACGUACGUACGUACAUACCAUACAAUGAUAGCGAGGGCGCAUGCCGACAGUUUUCUGUGACGAUUUAAUUUAACUGGUACAAGCACUUAAUGCACAAAAUGAAGUCGUACGGUACGGUACGAAGCAGCUGUCAGGCGCUUGUACAGUAGAGACGCAAAACCUGGGCACUCCUGUCGUUUUCGACGCAGCACAAUCGUCAACCAGGACCGUACGAACGAACGCCUUCAUGUUCACAUCUGUCCACGAAGCUCACAACACAACCAACAUAGAAACAGAAGCAUCUAUCGCACCUCCUCUGCACAAUGUACUUUUACGUCGACACGAAAUCCUGGGCCUACCAGAAACGAUGCCUUACUUACCCGAUCCAGUCGAGUGCCGUCGCCACAAUCCUCUUUUCGGCCAUCGACAUCUUUCAGGGCGUUCCUUUACAGAAUGUCAUGAAUCCUAGGUCGCUAGGUAAGACGCCAUUCGUGUUUGUGAUGCGUUGUCUCGUUGCUUCCUUUUUUAACGAUGCCGCUGCUGUUGUCAAUCGGGUGUGCACCGUUUUCUGCAUUUGUUGAACCACGGAACACGUUAUCACACGAUAUCGCACACGAUAUCGCACACGGCAUCCGAACUCACAUGCGCUGUGUACCGACCGUGCCGUGUUUCCGCUCCGUUGCCCCCCCCCCCCCAUUCCCCUAAAAAACAAACGAUCGAUCACCGCACACCACCACCGCAAAAAAAACACAGGCACGUACUUUGGCGGAAUCUAUUGCUACCACGCCAUCCAGUGCCCCAUGGAGGCGAUCCACGGGCGGCCCAGCCUCUGGCACAACAUUCUGAGCGGCGGAACGAUUGGCUUUCUGGGGGUCGCCACGGGCCGGCUGGGGAUCCCCCUGGUCUCCCCGGCCCACGCCUACCGGUACGGGGUGUCCCCGCCGGUCCUGGCCUUUGGCGUGUACGGGUCGAUCUCGGGUGUGAUGGCCGGGAUGCUGGGCUCGAAGCCCUUUUGAGGUCGAACGAGGAAUUGAGCGAGCCGGAGAGGAAGGCAAACGGA